CUUCCUCCUUAAAGCCAUGUUGUUUUCUGCCUGAGGCUGGGAUGAGGAGCUGACCUGCUCUAUCCUGUGCGCCUCGCACAAGAGAUCCACCCACUAGUACCCCCCCUCUCUCCAUCAGACAAGAAGAGAAGGAUACAAGCGAGCAAAGCAAGGAGCUGAAGGCUGAUGUCCCACCUCCAGAGGACUCCAGGAGGCUCCGGGCAGAGUUUCCCCUCCUCGCCGACAGAUGAGAGAGGUGGAGGAAGCCAGGCGCCCAGAUGCGUGAUCCAGAGAUCCGGUACCCGGGAUCCGGCUCGCCCAACCCUCCUUUCCCGCGUCUCGGAGGGAACCACGCGAUUGCUCUGGGAAGCUUAAGGCAGCGGCGGCGGCAGCAGCAGCGCCCUACUGGAGCAAGGCGGUGCGCUUUCGCCUCGGAGGCGCCAUGCCCAGCUUGGGCGCCGCGCACCCGGCGCUCCUUCCUCUGAUGCGCCUUCGCUUCUCCUGGCUCUCUCCUCGCCGUCGAUCCCCGACGCUUCUCUCCUCCUGGGCAAAACUUGAGUGGGGGAGAGAAAACCGCCUCGACGAAAAAGGAUUACACCGGCGAAGCAGACAGCCGCGUUGGGCUGGGGAGGGGCGCGUGAGGGUGUCUCCGUGCGCGCUCGAGGGCGCGCGCGCGCCUGGGUGCGCGCCUCGCCGCUGAAAUGCAGGCGGCGGGUCGGCGAGGCUGACAUGGACCCGGGGCACGCUCCGCGGCCCGCCAUGGGGGUCAGCGAGCCGCAGCCGCCCCGGAAAGGAGAGGAAGAAGCCCGGCAAGAGUUCCUCCUCCGUCGGCCCGCAAAGCCACGCCGCCCGGGGAGACCCGGGGAGCUCCGCCUCGCAGCCAGCCCGGCUCUCGGAUCUCCUUAGUUUUGUAAUCCGUCGCAACCAUGAAGUCUCCGACAGCCGACCCUCCCCGUAAGAGAAGGAUGUUGUGGAUUAUUCUUCUAAGCACAAUUGCUGUAGCGUGGACUACCCCCAUCCCCUUGAUAGAGGACUCGGAGGAGAUUGAGGAGUCUUGCUUCGAUCCUUGUUACUGUGAAGUCAAAGAAAGCCUUUUUCACAUACACUGCGACAACAAGGGAUUUAUAAAUAUUAGCCAGAUAACGGAGUCCUGGUCGAGACCUUUCAAACUUUACCUGCAGAGGAACUCCAUGAGGAGAUUAUAUACUAACAGUUUUCUCCACCUGAACAACGCCGUGUCGAUCAACCUGGGGAACAACGCACUACAAGACAUUCAGACGGGAGCCUUUAACGGCCUCAGAAUCCUGAAGAGGCUGUACCUGCAUGAGAACAAAUUGGACAUCUUCAGAAAUGACACUUUCCUGGGCUUGGAGAGUCUGGAAUAUCUGCAGGCAGAUUACAAUGUCAUUAAGCGGAUCGAGAGCGGGGCAUUUCGGAACCUGAGCAAGCUCCGGGUCCUGAUCUUGAAUGACAACCUUAUCCCCAUCCUCCCCACCAAUUUGUUUAAGUCGGUGUCCUUAACUCACUUGGACUUGCGUGGAAACAGGUUGAAAGUGCUCUCCUACCGAGGGAUGCUGGAUCACAUUGGCAGGAGCCUGAUGGAGAUCCAGCUGGAGGAGAACCCGUGGAACUGUACCUGUGAUAUUGUCCAGCUGAAGAGCUGGCUGGAGCGCAUCCCUUACACUGCCCUUGUGGGAGACAUAACCUGUGAGACCCCUUUCCACUUCCACGGGAAGGACCUGAGGGAAAUUAAGAGGAAUAAACUCUGCCCAAUGCUGUCUGACUCAGAGCUGGUCAGCAUCGGUGCCCCUCAGUUGCCCUCGAGCAAGGAGAACGCGUGGCCUACUAAGCCUUCUUCCAUGCUGUCCUCUUUCCAUUUCACUGCUUCCUCUGUCGAAUACAAAACUUCCAUUAAGCAGCCCAGGCCCACCAAACAGCCCAGGGCACACAAGCCACCCCCGACACCUCGAGGCCUAUACCCUGCACCCAACCAGCCCCCGAUAGCUGGUUACCAGACGAGGCCACCCAUCCCCAUCAUCUGCCCUACUGGCUGCUCAUGCAGUUUGCACAUCAAUGACUUGGGCCUGACAGUCAACUGCAAGGAAAGAGGGUUCCACAAUAUUUCCGAGCUCCUGCCCAGGCCCGUCAACGCCAAGAAGCUGGUCCUGAGCGGUAAUUUGAUACAGAAAAUUUACCGUUCCGAUUUCUGGAAUUUUUCUUCCCUGGAUCUCCUGCAUUUGGGGAACAACCGGAUCUCCUAUGUUCAGGACGGGGCCUUUGUCAACCUGCCCAACCUGAAGAGCCUGUACCUGAACGGCAAUGACAUUGAGAAGCUGACCCCAGGCAUGUUCAGGGGUCUGCAGAGCCUGCACUAUCUGUAUUUUGAGUACAACCAGAUCAGGGAGAUCCAGCCCGCUGCCUUCAGUCUCAUGCCCAACCUGAAGCUUCUCUUCCUCAACGACAACCUCCUGAGGAACCUGCCUACAGAUGCCUUUGCAGGCACCUCUCUGACCAGGCUCAACCUGAGGAACAAUAAAUUCCUGUACUUGCCCGUGGCUGGUGUUCUGGAGCACCUUAACGCCAUUGUGCAGAUUGACCUGAAGCUCAACCCGUGGGAUUGCACGUGUGACCUGGUGCCUCUCAAGCAGUGGAUCGAGGCCAUCAGCUCCGUCAUCAUGGUGGGGGAUGUCCUCUGCGCCAGCCCAGACAACCUUACCCACAGAGACAUCCGCUCUGUGGAGCUGGAGGUACUCUGCCCCGAGAUGUUGCAUGCUGCUGCUGCCUCGCCAGCCCCUCCAGCGUGGGGCCACCCUAGCCCCACCAGCCCGUCGCCCUAUGAGCUCCCCCCGGCUGGGGGAGGCCCGGUGCCCCUCUCCGUGCUCAUCCUCAGCCUCCUUGUACUGUUCUUCUCGGCGGUCUUCAUUGCUGCGGGCCUUUUCGCCUUCGUCCUGCGCAGGCGUCACAAGAAGCUACCCUUCCGGAACAAGCAGCGGCAGGAGACCCUCGACUUGACGGGCAUCCAGAUGCAGUGCCACCACCUCUUCGAGGAGGGAGGCGGCGGAGGUGGCGGGGGACUCAGCGCCUCCCCGGAAAAGGCACCCCCGGUGGGGCACGUCUACGACUACAUCCCGCAUCCAGUGACCCAGAUGUGCAACAACCCCAUCUACAAGCCCCGCGAGGAGGACGAAGUGGUGGCGGGGGAGCCGGGUCAACCUGGGGACAUGCUUUUGGGAGGUGGUGGUGGUGCUGGUAGUGGUGGUGGUGGAGGAGGAGGAGGAGUUGGCUGUGCAGGGGAACAGUUUGCCGACCCCACAAAGGACGGUGGGAGCAGCAGCUGCUACAGGACCUUGCUGGAGAAGGAGAAGGAGUGGAGCUUGGCCGUGUCCAGCUCGCAGCUCAACACCAUAGUGACCACCAACCAUCACCCGCACCCGCACCCGCCCGGCGGGGGGAUUGGAGGGGGGCUGCCUCUCCUGGGGGAGCUAGCGCUGGUGCCGCCUGUCUUCCACCACGAAAAGAACGGUGGGGUGGUGCUCUUCCCCCCUAGUGGUGCCAUUCUAGACAGCAGGGACAGGCCGCCUUUGGCACCACCGUGCACGGUGGGCUUUGUGGACUGCCUCUACGGCACGGUGCCCAAAUUAAAGGAACUGCACGUGCACCCCCCUGGCAUGCAAUAUCCAGACCUGCAGCAGGACGCCAGGCUGAAAGAGACCCUCCUCUUCUCGGCUGAUAACGCACCUGAGCUUGAGAGACAGCAACUUGUCCAAGGAUACCCCAUGACCUUUUGGCUGAAGACGGAUUUGAAUCUGACGCAAGCUUUCUAUGCACUGGACCAGACUGCCUCCAGAAAAAGUUGCCCAAAGCAGUUUACAGAUCAAUCAAGGCAAGGCAGAAGAUAAGGAAUGAAUCAAGGAGAUAAUUCUGGGACCUACCAUUUCAUCAUGAAGAUGGGAAUCUUCAUUUCAGAGGUAGAUGCACUAUCCUGCAGCGAAAUACCUGCUCCCAUCAGUGGAGCAACAAUACCAAGAAGAAUUCUGGCUCUACAAUGAUUCCCGAUGGUGAAUCAACCCAACAGGGAAGCAACCCAACAGAACAGUUGCAGAAGUUCCAGGGCAAUGAAUGGCAGCUGCAGAAACUCAUGGUUUGCUCAGGUUAUGCUCCCUGUGGACUGUGCCUAUUAUUAUGUUAUUUUAUUUAAGCUUCAAAAGCACAGGGGAUUUGUCUUAUGAAGAUUUUUGUUUCCAGGUUGCAGCUACCACCAGGACCAUUAUCAACAUGGCACAUUUAAUUUCCAGAUUAUUAUUUUUAAAAAAGAUUGCUGUUGCAUUCUCCUGAUAACAGCUGGAUUUUGUAUUUUCAUAUAUGGGGCCUAAACCACUGUAUUUUCAUGGGAAGCUGCCCUCUCCUGAGUCAGACCAUUGGCCCAACUAACUCAGUAUGUUCUACUCUGUUGGGCAGUAGCUCUUCAGGACUUCCCCAGAGCUCCUGGGGAUUGAACCUGGGACCUUCUGCAUGAAAAGCAGAUGCUCUACCACGGAGCUAUGGCUCUCAGAAGCAGUUUUGUCUUCCUAGCAGCUCUGGGUGCAACCCAAAACCUGCAGAGCACCUAAAGAACCCCAUUUCCAUGUCUGCUACCUCCUCCCUCAUUCCAUCUUAAAGGUGUGACCAGAUGCACAUUUCACUGUUUCACUCUUUUUUGUGUGCCCCCCUCUCCAUUGCCAGCCUUGCCCCAUUUAUCAUGUAGCCUGAUGAAGAGUUCUGCAGAACUCAAAAGUUUGCACACAUUUUUGGUUGGCCUAAUAAAGGUCUUACAAUAAUAUGGAUUUUGGUGCUUUCCUUAUUAGCCACCAUGGCUUCCUUUACUCUUUGCAUUCUUCUAACCAUAAUCCAAUAGCCAUAAGGCAACUCGGCUGAGCAAAAGAGACAAAUCUGGUAACUGAUUAAAAUUGAGAAUGGUAUUAGAACUGAAAUGAUACCCUAUGCAGAGAUUAAGGAAAACAAACUUCCCAACAGAUGGUUUCUUACCUGAGUUGAAGAGUUCUAGGUCUGUGCAUGAGUGGAUGGAAUCACUUCAAUGUUUUCAAGCACAAAAGGGGUUUCAGUGCAACCUAGUUUUAAUUUCACCAUAUUUUCAAGUUCUUUUCUGAGCACAGUUCAAAGUGUUGGUUGUGACCUUGAAAGCCCUAAACAGCCUCAGCCCAGUAUACCUAAAGGAGAGUCUCCACCCCCAUCAUUCAGCCCAGACACCGAGGUCCACCUUUGAGGGUCUUCUGGUGGUUCCCUCACUGUAAGAAGUGAAGUUACAGGGAAGCAGGAGCAGGGCCUUCUUGGCAGUGGUGCCCACCCUGUGAACCACCCUCCCAUCAGAUGCCAAGGAGAUAAAAAACUACACAAUUUUAAGAAGACACCUGGAGGCAGUUUUAAAGGUAUGGCAGUUUAUUAUGUUUUUAUAUGUGCUGGAAGCUGCCCAAAGUGGCUGGGGAGACCCAGCCAGAUGGGCGGACUAUAAAUAAUAAAAUUAUUAUUAUCAUUA